CUAUACUUGCAAGCAACAUUCUCUCUUACUCUACUAUUGGCAGCUCACUCACCUUACAAAUAUGAAGAGAAGAAGUCUCCUUUUGGACAGUCAUGGAUUUAGAUUACAUAGACACAAAGACAACAAACAGCAUGGCAAAAAAUUACCAACAAUCCUCUAAGAAAAUGAAUUCAGUGUCCAAGUCUUUCAGAAGUAGUGCACAAACUAUAGGAGAUAGGGCCUUCAAGGGAGUGGCUGACCUCAUGAAACUCCUCCCUUCUGGGACUGUCUUCCUCUUCCAAUUCCUCAACCCUCUAUUAACCAACGCUGGCCAUUGCCACACUGUCAACAAGUACUUGAGCGGUGCCCUCCUCGCCAUCUGUGGCUUCUCUUGUUGCUUCUCCUCCUUCUCUGAUAGCUAUAUUGGUAGUGAUGGAAAGGUCUACCAUGGGUUGGUGACAAAGGAUGGGCUGUGGUCCUUCUCGGACCCGAAUGCUAGCUCGAAGGUCCUCUCGAAGUACAAGCUGAGGUAUGGUGAUUUUGUUCAUGCAUUCCUCUCUCUGAUUGUGCUUGCAGUGAUUGCACUCUUGGAUGGCAACAUUGUGUCAUGCUUUUAUCCAUCGUUCGAGUCGGAGGAGAAGACAUUGCUUAUGGUCUUGCCCACCGUGGUAGGCGGCUUAGCUAGUUCUGCAUUCAUGAUUUUUUUCAACAAUCGACAUGGAAUAGGGAAUGCUCCAACAGGGAUCACAGAGAAAUCUGAUUGA